AAAAAUAUUGUUUUAUUUUUCUUUUGUGGGAAUAAAAUAGAGAAAAACGUGAGAAAAAAAAAAAGAAACACGAAAAAGCUCAAACGCAGUAUCAACGAAGAGGCUAAAAUUUCCACAGAUUUGUUUGUGAAUUCCUCAGAGACAGAGAGAAUCCAUCGGGACGACGACGCUCGCAUCUGACUAUCUCAUCGGAGCGAGGGCUUUUUCUAUUUCUCUUUGAGCAUUCUCCAAUGGCGGCUCCUCGGAAUCUGACCGGCGACGGUGGUAGGUUGCUCACGAGGGACGAAGAGAGCGCCGCCGUGUCAUCUUCUUCGGCGGUGAAAGACCUCGCCGACGAUGACGGCGACUCUUCGACGGGUAAGGGACCCAAAUCUGGUAGAUUCCCGCUCUCGCGGUGGGAGUUAGCGACGUUUUCCGGCGUCUUCAUCGUCUUCUCCACGGGACUGUUGUGUAUCUAUCUCACCAUGCCCGCCGCCGAGUAUGGCAAGCUCAAGCUUCCCAAAACCAUCUCCGAUCUCCGAUUGCUCAAAGAUAACCUCGGAACCUAUGCGAGUGAUUACCCAGUUCGUUUCAUGAUGGGUUACUGCUCAACUUACAUCUUCAUGCAAACAUUCAUGAUUCCUGGAACAAUCUUCAUGUCAUUGUUGGCUGGAGCCCUCUUUGGCGUAAUUAGGGGCUUUGUCUUGGUUGUCUUCAAUGCAACAGCCGGAGCUUGUUCUUGUUUCUUUCUGUCAAAAUUAGUUGGAAGGCCCCUUGUUUCCUGGCUGUGGCCUGACAAACUCAGGCUUUUCCAGACAGAGAUUGCGAAAAGAAGAGAUAAACUUCUGAACUACAUGCUGUUCUUAAGGAUAACACCGACACUCCCAAACCUGUUCAUCAAUUUGGCAUCUCCCAUUGUCGACAUACCCUUUCACGUGUUCUUCCUGGCAACUUUGGUCGGGCUAAUGCCAGCCGCAUACAUCACCGUUAGAGCCGGUCUGGCCCUCGGAGAUCUCAGAUCAGUGAAAGAUUUGUAUGAUUUCAAGACUUUGUCGGUGUUGUUCCUCAUCGGAUCCAUUUCCGUACUCCCAGCCCUCCUGAAGAGAAAGAAAGUGUACGAAUGAAAAUGGAUCGGCUAUACAGAAUACGUACGAUGAUAAGAACGAGCUUGAAGAGGCUGCAGGGCGCUUUUUGAGAUCAGAGCUACCAGAAGAAGAUCGCCUUUCUGAAACAAUUCCAUGGCUUUGGUCCAUUUAUAAGAGAAAUGAAGAAAUCCUUCCUUAUUUGGCAUCAUCUCCUUCUCCUUGUAGCAAUUGCUCUGUGUAGAAAUUUUAAAGAAUGGUUCUAUAGCAAAGGAAGAAAACAUAGUAAUUGCUGUGUAUUG